AUGACCGAGGCAAUUCCCUCAAGUUCGACUCCUACUCAGAAACGACGCCCACCGAAACUCCAACAACGAGCUCGUCCACCAGCUAUACCAUCUCCAUCUCCAGUGGAUCCUCCCAUGGACUCUAAACAACAGCUACCAGUUGAACCUGCACCAGCAGAAGAAACAGUAGCCGUUCGAACCGAAACAACGAAAUCCUCCCCGGAGACCGAAGAAAUGCAAGUAUAUCAAGAGAGCCGAUCAACCUCGUGGAGCGAAGGAGAGCCACAACCCCAACCCCAACCCCAACCCCAACCCGAACCCGAACCUCAACCUCAACCUCAACCUCAACCUCAACCCCAGCAACUCCAACACCACCGACCUCACCCCCCACCCCGAGAACCCACAUCCUCCUCCUCGCACUCCAACGCAUCCGCAUCCGCAUCCUACCGCCAACUCCGCCGCCGCAACCAACGCUCCCGACCCAGUCGACAACCCCAGCCGACGACGCUCCCCGCACUAGGCAGCAUAGCCGACGUACCUUCGAAUCUCACACAAGGCGUGGGUGACUUGGCCGAGAAUACCGCCGGAAAGGCGGUUAGUACACUUGGCAACACGGCUGGGAAGGCGCUGGGAAGGAGUAUUGUUGGGUCCAGACAGCGGGAUGAGACGCAGUUGCAGCCGCAGGAAGGUGGUGGGAAGAAGAAGGAUGAGCAGUUGCGGUUACGUCUGGAUUUGAAUCUGGAUGUUGAGGUGCAGCUUAAGGCGAAGAUUCAUGGGGAUUUGACGUUGCAGUUAUUGAAUUAG